CGUGCGCGGCAUCGAUUUCGGGCUACGGCGGGAGCAGGAGUAGCCGCCAGUCGCCCGUGGAGUGCGCAGGCGCUUGGCGGUUACCGGUCUCGCCAUGGAGCGGAAAGUGCUUGCGCUCCAGGCCCGAAAGAAACGGACCAAGGCCAAGAAGGACAAAGCCCAAAGAAAACCUGAAACUCAGCACAGAGGCCCUGUCUCCCAUUCUGAGACUGAUCUUCCAGAACAAGAGGAAGAAAUCCUGGGAUCAGAUGAUGAUGAACAAGAGGAUCCUAAUGAUUAUUGUAAAGGAGGUUAUCAUCUUGUGAAAAUUGGAGACCUGUUCAAUGGGAGAUACCAUGUAAUCCGAAAGCUGGGUUGGGGACAUUUUUCAACAGUAUGGCUAUCAUGGGAUAUUCAGGGAAAGAAAUUUGUGGCAAUGAAAGUAGUGAAGAGUGCUGAACAUUACACUGAAACAGCCCUGGAUGAAAUCAGAUUGCUCAAAUCAGUUCGCAAUACAGAUCCCAAUGAUCCAAACAGAGAGAUGGUUGUUCAGCUUUUGGAUGACUUCAAAAUCUCAGGAGUGAAUGGGACCCAUAUCUGUAUGGUAUUCGAAGUUUUGGGCCAUCACCUGCUCAAAUGGAUUAUCAAGUCAAAUUAUCAGGGACUUCCACUUCCAUGUGUCAAGAAAAUCAUCCAACAAGUUCUGCAGGGACUGGAUUAUCUACAUACUAAGUGCCGUAUUAUCCACACUGACAUCAAACCAGAAAACAUCCUUCUUUCUGUAAAUGAGCAAUAUAUCCGAAGGCUGGCUGCAGAAGCAACAGAAUGGCAGAGAUCUGGAGCCCCCCCACCUUCUGGUUCUGCAGUCAGUACUGCUCCCCAACCUAAACCAGCAGACAAAAUGUCCAAAAAUAAGAAAAAGAAAUUAAAGAAGAAGCAGAAACGCCAAGCUGAGUUACUGGAGAAACGAAUGCAGGAAAUAGAGGAAAUGGAAAAAGAGGCCAGCCCUGGACAGAAACAACAAGAAAAGCAGAAAGACACUGAGAAGCCUGUUGAGAAACCCUUUACAGAGAACCCUCCAAGUAAAGAAUCCCAACAAAAACUUGAGGAGGAAAAUGUCAUUGUCCUUGAGCAGACUCUUUUAAUGGAAGGCAAUACUCAGAAUAUUUCAUCAGAAAUCAAUUGCAAUGGAGUAAUUGAAAUAACUAAUUAUAUUGAAGGCAAUAAUGUGGAGUCAGUGAAGCUUAAGGAAGAUCAUCACAAUGCCAAUGACUGUGACACCCAACCUUUGAAAGAGGAAGUUACCUUCCCAGGUUCCCAAAAUGGCAAGAGCUGUAUAUCUCAAGAAAAAACAGACUCUUGUACAGCUUUAACUUCUGGGGUAUCAGAAACCAUGCUAUAUCAACCAUCUUCAAGUGAUGAUCACUCAGUAGAGCAAUCUUUCAAUGAACAGGAGAUCAGCCAGCUGCAAGAGAGCAUCCGAGCAGAGAUACCCUCUGAAGAUGAAAACGAAAAUAAUGGACCGUUGGAUAACAAAGGUACCCAAGGAAAAUCUUCUGCUGGGAAUUUUCUUCUUAAUCCUCUUGAGCCCAAAAAUGCAGAAAAACUCAAAGUGAAGAUUGCUGAUCUCGGAAAUGCAUGCUGGGUGCACAAACAUUUCACUGAAGAUAUUCAGACAAGGCAGUAUCGAUCCCUAGAAGUUCUAAUAGGAUCUGGUUAUAAUACUCCUGCUGAUAUCUGGAGCACAGCAUGUAUGGCUUUUGAAUUAGCCACGGGAGACUAUCUGUUUGAACCUCAUUCAGGAGAAGAGUACACUCGGGAUGAAGACCACAUUGCGCAUAUUAUAGAGCUGAUAGGCAGAAUACCAAGACGCUUUGCCCUCAGUGGGAAAUAUUCACAGGACUUCUUCAAUCGCAGAGAUCACAUUGCAUUGAUCAUAGAACUGCUGGGGAAGGUGCCUCGCAAGCUCAUUGUGGCGGGAAAAUAUUCCAAGGAGUUUUUCACCAAAAAAGGUGAUCUGAAACACAUCACUAAACUGAAACCUUGGGGCCUUUUUGAAGUUCUAGUGGAGAAGUAUGAGUGGUCUCAAGAAGAAGCAGCAGGCUUCACGGAUUUCUUAUUGCCAAUGCUAGAGCUGAUUCCUGAGAAACGAGCCACAGCAGCAGAGUGUCUCAGGCAUCCCUGGCUUAACUCCUAAUGUUAUUGCUCCAAUACCAUAAUCCCCUGGACUCUGGUUUGCAGCAGAGAUUGUACACUGACCCAGCUGUUCCAGAUUCUCUCCUUCCUUCUUCCUUCCUUCCCUUUCCUUGCCAUUCUUAAUCUUCAUGUCCCCUUCAAGCAUUCUCCUUUCCCUUUUCAGGGUGAAGCUCUUCCUUCAAGGCUUCCUAGAUUAUUGUUAUUUUUUAAUCUAAUAUGUUCAUUUGGGCUUGCUUACUUGACUCUGUGGGAAUCCCCACAGCCAUUGGGCAUCCUGAGUGAGUUUUGCCUUGGUUGGGCUCUGCCAAAGACUAAUGGACUGGAAUGUGAAACCGCCCCUCAUUUUCUCGCUUCCAUUAGAACAUCCUCCUUUAAAUUAUAAGCAUCAUUUUUAAAGAACGCAACAAAGAUGUAUGAGCCCAUCCUUAACUCACUGACUCUAAGAGUCAUAUUUUCUAGUGCAUAUUCUCUUGCCAGCAGAAGGAUGAGAAAAAGAUGUUAAUUUAAUGUGCAGCAAAGACACUGAACAUGCUGUGUUAAGAGUGCAUCCUAUUCUGGAUGGUUUGUGUUAUUCUUUACAGUCACAUUUUUUUCCCCUGCAACUUUUGGCUUUUGUCUUUGAAAUGGGCUCUGUGAAUUAAGACUGAGUUUUAGUACUGUUUUACCACUGUUCAAAUUGGUCUCCAUAUUUACUGGUGUAACUUUAACUCUCCUAUGCCCAGAUCUUCAGGCUGACUGUAAUAGAUACAAUGGAAAUGGAAGCCGAAAUUGGAACCAUUGACUAGAAAUCCUUCCAAGGGCAGGUGUGCUCUUUGGCUCCAGACAGGCGGUGGUUUCUGUAAGCAGUGUUUCCUUACAUAUCUUCUGCUUUCCUGAGAGCAGAGGGUUUUGGUUUGGGGGUGUUUUUUAAGGGGGGGUAGGGGCAGGGAAAUUAGUUUGAUUGCUUUUUAAAACCCUGGCUGGCACUUUACUCGUUCUGCUUGAGUUGAAACCCCCACCCUAUCACUAAAGAAUUCAGGAUGGUUCUGAAAAAGCUCUGGGGGUUAGGUCCUUUGUUUCUGGGAAGAGAAAAAGAUGUCACCAGAGCUUCUGAUUCUUUUCCAAACAAUUCCUUAGAGAUACUUUCAGUCUUUCGUCAACAUUAAUUUACCCAAGGUUCUGGCCUUGAAAACCAUUUCCCCAUUUGGCUUUGCUUUUUUCUUUUUCUUAAGUGGUUUGACCUUAUGCUUAGGCAUAACCCAGAUAUACAAGAAUCAGGAGGGGAGAGGUAUGACUUUACACUACCCAACCCCACUCCCUUAUUCUCCUCUCCUCUCCUCCCUCCCCCAAAAGAUAGCCAUUCUCUGCUGCUAUUUCUUGUAUCAGCAUACAGGUGGUUGCUCGUUAGAGUAUAUAAUGUAAGCUUUUAACUUCGAUAACUUCAAGAAGGUUGGGGUAUACUUAAGGCUUGUGGGGGGGUGGGGUUUUUUAAAAAAAAAUUUUUUUUUACAAGAAAAAGUUAAAACCUUCGUAGAAUUUGCUAGUUUAAGGAUGGGUCUCCCAGAUUUGCCCCCUGAUAUUACGAGUCAUAACCAAAAGCCAAAGUUCAGCAGGAUUGGGAUCACAGCAGCUCUUUAUCAUUAUGGACCAAAGGGCCUUGCUCUCAUAGAGGUUGGAUUCUGCUUCAGAACUGUGGAAUUUCAAGAAAUCCAACUGUUAAAAUGUUACUUGCUCGAUUUUCUUUGAGUUUGAAAUCUAAUGGCAAGGAAACCAAUGAUGCCAUUGUGUGAUCCGUGUAAGCUGUUAAGCACUCCUCUCUGCAUGUCCUGGUCGGGCUAGCCAGUUCAUCAGAUUCUUGAUUUGGUGAUACUAAUGAAGUCAGAUGAUGUUAUUUCUCUAGGGGAUUUCUGGGCCAGGCUACCCAUGUAUAUCUGUGAAGAAUAAAGAGAAUAAUAAAGCUCACCAAGCAUUCAUAAUGUCAGGGAAAUCCUUCAGCAACUUAAUUUUUCCCUGGGUUGCCAGGUUUAUCUGUAUUUUUAGUAACAAUAAACUAGGACUCUUGAGUUAUAUUUCUUUAAAUGCCAUUAAGCCAUAAUAGUAGGGUUAAAAGGCAUUUCUGGUGGUGGCAUUGAAGAAGAAAAACUGUAGUCAUUCCUUUUCAACAAAUAGUCUAAUAUGAAAGGAAUAAUUCUGAUGCAAAAGGAAUAACUUCUUAUUAUCAUGGUGGUAAGAUAAGUCCUGUAACUUAACUUCUGAAAUGUUUCCCUACCAAAUAAGGGCUUUUUUCCCUGAGUCACUUAGGGAACCAGAUGAAUUAGAAAACAUGAAGAGGCAACUGUAGAAUCCAGUCUUCCAGGUGCCCCCAUGCUCGCUCUCUCGAGCUUUCAUCCUACGUUGAAAUUGCCAUAAAAUGCUCACUAAAGGAUUUGUACUUGCUGUCAGUAAAAAGCAACAAUACAACAACCCUGAAGGAAAAUACAUUUUUAUUCUUUCUACUUGGGUGCACUGUCUGUUUUCUUUGUAAAUGCAAUACAAUAAACAAAUUAUUUAAUAACCUA